AUGGAAAAUCAGCCCCGAAGAGAAGUUGGGUUGAACUUGAAUGAUAUUGUUGGUGAUCCGGGAAAACGCAAGCCAAUUGAAGAGUUCGAUGUUUCAAUUCGAGAUAGAGUACGAAGAGAGUACUUGAAUAUGGGCCCUUGUCAACCAAUUGGACAUAAGUAUGAAAAAAAGAAAUAUGGUGAUCAAGAAAGAAGUUUUCAAGAUAUUUGGUUUAAAAGGUAUACAUGGUUAGAGUAUAGUGUAUCAAAGGAUGCGGCUUUUUGCUUUUGGUGCUACCUUUUCAAGAAAUCAGAUAAAGGGGGUCGACAAUCAGAUGAUGCUUUUACAAAGACAGGUUGUAGCAACUGGAAAAAUGCAUUAGAAAGAUUCAAUUAUCAUGUUGGAGGCGUGAAUAGUUGUCAUAAUAAUGCUAGAAUUCAGUUCGAAGCUUUUCAAGAUCAAAGGAACAGUGUGGCAAGUAUAUUACGGUCAAAUACCCGUGAGAUGGAAGUUGCAUAUCGCAUUCGGUUGACAGUCUCAUUGAAUGUGACUCGGUUUCUCUUAAAGCAAGGAUUAUCUUUUCGUGGACAUGAUGAGUCAAGUAGUUCUUCAAAUCGAGGUAAUUUUAUUGAGUUGCUUCUAUGGUUUAGUGAACUUAACAUUUGA